AUGUCGUUCGGAAAGCUCAACAUCCUUCAGCACAAGAAGUGGAAUGUGUGGAACAGAGACAACAUCGAGAAGGUGCUUCGAGACGAGAACAAACACAGAGAAGACGAAGAGAAGAAGCGAAAGAAGCGAGACGAGAAUAAGAAAGGAUUCAAUUUGUUUGAAGGAUUGGAACAUAUGAUUGAGGGCACAGUGUUCAAUGAUACUGCAACUGCCUCAGGAAAGAACAAGGAGACUGUUCAAGAAAAGAAGCAAGAGAAGGAGAAAGAAGAGCGCAAGUGGGGGUUGAUGGGUCUUGGCAAGGAUAAUGUGACAGGAGAGAAUCAAAACAUGAAGCCUUGGUAUGCUCUUAGACAGUCGGAAGAAGCUGCUUCAUACGAGGGAUAUGGACAGUAA